AGCACUGCAAACAGAAGAGUUUGGGGACUUUAGGAUGCUCAGAUUAAUAUGGACUCGGACUCGGUCUCGGUCGUGUGGUAAACUUUCUGCAGCGUCCAGCACACUAGGUGAAGUCUUCUUUAAAAAAUACACAGCCUGUUUUCACAGUGGACUCAUUCACAGUCGCCCUGAAAGGAACCAGCUACAUCUGCUACAGUUCAGGUCGUCCCAGAAGUGUUUCAGAUUUCCAAAGGCAGUCUGCUUCAGUAUGGCGUCAGGAAGUGAUGGGGAGGAGGGUGCAUACCUGCCAAAACACACCAACUGCCUGAGCAAGGAGAAAUCUCCCUACCUACUGCAGCAUGCCCACAACCCCGUGGACUGGUUUCCAUGGGGCCAAGAUGCCUUUGACAAAGCAAAAUGUGAAGAUAAACCAAUUUUCCUAUCAGUUGGUUACUCUACUUGUCACUGGUGUCACGUGAUGGAGCGUGAAUCAUUUGAGGAUGAGGAAAUUGGGAAGAUCCUCAGUGAUCAUUUUGUCUGUAUAAAAGUUGACCGGGAGGAGAGACCUGAUGUUGAUAAAGUUUACAUGACAUUUGUACAGGCUACCAGUGGUGGUGGCGGCUGGCCGAUGAGCGUUUGGCUUACUCCAGACUUGAGACCGUUUAUCGGUGGCACGUACUUCCCUCCAAGAGACAGAGGAAGAAGACCUGGAUUUAAAACUGUGCUUUUGAGGAUUAUAAAUCAGUGGCAGAAUAACAGAGCAGCUCUGGAGUCCAGUGGUGAACGUGUGGUGGAGGCUUUGAGAAAGUGCACUACCAUUUCAGCUCAGGCAGGAGAAACUCUACCAUUGGCUCCAGAUGUGGCUCACAGAUGUUUCCAGCAGUUGGCUCAGUCGUAUGAGGAGGAAUACGGAGGAUUCAACAGUGCACCCAAGUUUCCUACACCUGUGAACCUGAUGUUCCUGAUGUCAUUUUGGGCAGUAAAUCGGGCUUCCUCAGUAGGAGCAGAGGCACUGCAGAUGACUCUGCACACCCUCAGAAUGAUGGCUUUAGGAGGAAUUCAUGACCAUGUGGCCCAGGGUUUUCACAGAUACUCCACAGAUUCAUCUUGGCAUGUUCCCCACUUUGAGAAAAUGCUGUAUGAUCAAGCCCAGCUGGCCGUGGCCUACAUGAUCGCGUACCAGGUGUCUGGUGAGCAGCUAUUUGCUGAUGUGUCCCGGGAUGUGUUGCACUACGUUGCCAGAGACCUCAGCCACAAGUCAGGAGGAUUCUACAGCGCUGAGGAUGCAGACUCUCUGCCUGCGACAGACUCCAGUGAGAAGAAAGAGGGGGCGUUCUGUGUGUGGACGGCUGGAGAGAUUAGGGAGCUGCUCUCAGACAUGGUGGAGGGGGCUAAGGGGGGUGCAACUCAAGCUGAUAUCUUUAUGCAUCAUUAUGGUGUGAAGGAUCAAGGCAACGUGCAGCCAGAACAGGACCCUCAUGGAGAGCUGCGGGGUCAGAACGUGCUUAUCGUCCGUUAUUCAGCUGAGCUUACUGCUGCCCGCUUUGGCCUCAGUGUGAACAGGCUAAAUGAAGUGCUGACCAGUGCCAGAGCCAAAUUAGCUGCGGUGCGUAAAACACGGCCUUCGCCUCACCUGGAUUCUAAGAUGCUGGCUUCAUGGAAUGGGCUGAUGCUGUCAGGGUUUUCCCGUGUGGGGGCAGUGUUGGGGGAUCAGACUCUACUUCAGAGGGCAGAACAGGCUGCACAGUUCCUCCAAAAUCACCUGUGGGAUGAAGAAGGACAGCGAAUGCUGCGUUCCUGCUACUGUGGAGACAACAUGGAAGUGGAACAAACCGCCGCACCCAUCGCAGGCUUCCUGGACGACUAUGCCUUUGUGGUGUGUGGUCUGCUGGACCUGUUCGAGGCCACACACUCAGUGCGCUGGCUACAGUGGGCCGAGGAGCUCCAGACCAGACAGGACCAGCUUUUCUGGGAUGACCGGGGCUUUGGAUAUUUUAGUAGUGACCCUUCAGAUCCCACCAUCCUUCUGUCUCUCAAAGAGGAUCAGGACGGUGCAGAGCCCAGUGCAAACUCGGUCUCUGUGAUGAACCUGCUACGCCUCUCUCACCUGACCGGCAAACAAGAGUGGAUUCAGCGCUCUGAGCAACUGCUAACCGCCUUCGCUGAUAGGCUAGUGAAGGUGCCAAUCGCCAUUCCUGACAUGGUCCGCGGCCUCAUGGCACACCACUACCCAUUUAAACAGAUAAUUAUCUGUGGCCGACCUGAUGCGGAGGAUACACUCAGUCUGGUUGCCUGUGUACAGCACCUCUUUCUUCCAUACAAAGUUCUGAUACUGGCUGAUGGAAAUAAGGAAGGUUUCCUCUACCAGAAACUUCCAAUCCUGUCCUCGCUGAUUCAGCAAGAGGGCAAAGCCACGGCGUACGUGUGCCAGGACUUCACCUGUGCGCUGCCCGUCACAUGCCCACAGGAGCUGAGGAGACUGCUGCUGGAGUAAUGAGCUCUACUGCUGGAGUGGCAUUAUUAGUCACAUUAUUGCUACACAGACACACUCUGAAUCACUGUCUCAUUGUCUGAUAUUAAUGAAUAUGGACUGUGUCCUUGGUGGCCUGCACUUAUAGGGCACUGGCAACAAAACUCUGGCUAUGUGCACCAUUAUGGGAAAUGUAAACUCUUUGGAAUGGCACCUUAAUAACGUCUUUAAAAUGUUCUUAUACAAAAUAAUAGGAUGAUAAAGUGCUUUGACAUUUAAUUACCAAUCUUGGUAAAUGCACUGAGUGCCAUAUGAAAUACUUUUUUGCUAUGUGUAAUAUGUUUUGCAUAGAAAUACUUGUAAAUGUGUACUUUUAAAAUAUAAAGUCGAACAAACAAACAAAAAUACACUGAUCAGCCGUAACAUUAAAACCACCUCCACUGUCCAUUUUAUCAGCUCCACUUACCAUAUAGAAGCACUUUGUCAUUCUACAAUUACUGACUGUAGUCCGACUGUUCUCUACAUACUUUUUUAUAAUAAAAAAUUGAUAAUUGUGUCUGAACCUGAA